AUGACGUCUUCAUUGGAGAACCGUAUUGCGAUUACCGAAUGUCCUGACAAAGUUCGGGGAUCGAAUUUAGGGCUUCGACAUUACCGGACUCAAAUUGCAUUCGAAAUCGCCAAACGUCUCAACCUACGAAAGUCCGCCACUCAGACGAAGGGCAAUCAAACUCUUUUGGCCAUGAGUAAAGCACUGAAGGAAGUGGAGUCGGAACCAGAGGAACCCAGCAUGUCCUUUAGCGGACGAAGAGCACUGUCAGCCGCAAUUUAUAAGUCGAUAAGGAAACAGAGGAGUGCCCCAAUCGAAUGUGUAGUGACUAAUGCUGCCAACUCUCUAGCUCUUGCUGGAAGUGUGGAGUAG